AGUUGAAACUUCGAUACAUAUAUGUGUAGCUAUGCUUCGAUUUUGAGCCACUUUUUAAUUAUGUAGCUAAUGAAAUAUGAAUUUCAUAUAUUCAUCAAUCAUUAUUAUUUGCAGUAUAUUAUAUAACAGCUCAAGCGCAUAUCUUCAAAAUGAGAGGAGUGAUGUAGAAGUCCGUUUUGAUCAGUAUCUUCGUUACAAAGACAUCCAAGCGUAUUUAAACAGGCUUGAUCGAACAAAUCCAAAAGUUGUGCAACUAAAGCAGUUUGGGCUAUCGGUCGAGAACCGUAAUCUUACAGCUGUUAAAAUAUCGACAGGUGGCGGCAACAGAAAACCGUUAAUUUUUAUAGAUGCUGGUAUACAUGCACAAAACUCUAAAACGACCAAAUUACUGAAAAAGGUGGAUUGGCUAAUUGUACCAUUGGUGAAUCCUGACGGAUACGAAUAUUGUCAUGCCGUAGAUAGGCUUUGGAGAAAAAACCGAGCAAAAGGUCAUGGAUGUCGCGGAGUCGAUUUGAAUCGCAAUUUCGAUUUCCAAUGGUCAAACCAAGGCGGAUUUGAUCAUGAAUGUUCGAACACAUUUGCCGGUCAAUAUCCCUUCUCCGAACCGGAAAGUUUAGCUCUGAGUAAAUUGCUGAUGGAGAAUGCAAAUCGAAUUAAAAUGUACAUCAGCUUACACUCGGCAGCGCAAUCAAUUUUAUAUCCCUGGGGAUAUACCACUGAUUUGCCUAAUAAUGGUAAAGAACUGCACAAACUGGCCGUAAAGUUUUCCGACGCUAUAUAUAAAGUAAAUUUAACUGAAUAUAAAGUUGGCAGUGCAGCAAACGUCUUAUAUUUAGUAUCGGGAACAAGUCGUGAUUGGGCAUACGGCGUUGCAAAUAUACGGCUAUCGUAUACAAUUGAAUUAAGGGGUUUUCAAAGCCACGUGCUAGAACGGCGCUUUCAGAUUCCGCCAGAACACAUUGCAAACGCUGUUUCUGAACUGUUUGAAGGAAUCAAAGAAUUGCAUUCGUAUAUUGAAAACAAAUAUACGUUUUAA